AUGUCUUCCUUUUCCGCCGGUUUUCAGCUUGUGGCCAAGAAAUGUUGCAAAGAUUCGCCGCCUUCUUCCCCUCAAGGUCCCGAUUUUGUUGUUGGAGGAAUGUCCUCAGCCAGCUCUUCUCAGUUCCCAGCAUCAACAGAGCGAGAAUCUACAACUGCUAAUGAUAAUGCAAUACCUCAUGAUCCAGGUGCUGAUUCUGCUGGACCAGCACAAAGCAGACUUUCGCUUCAGUUGGAUCAGCGGUCAUUACAUUUUUCUGUUAAUGCUUGGGUUCUUAUUGUUGCAUUGAUCGGCAUCAUUCCACUGGCAACACGACAACUGCAACUCAAGGGAUAUCGUUUGUCACUUCUUGGCACAACCUGUACCACAGGUUAUGCCAUAUUUGCUCUUUAUGGGCUACCCAGAGUAGGGAACACACAGGCUGUUCAGGCCUGGUGCCACCAUGUAACUUCAUCAAAGGAUUUUAUUCCAUUCAUGUACUGCCUUAUGUUUGUUACAUCUAAACUACACUUGAAGCUUGUUUUGGUACCGGUAAUUUGCUGGGCACUUGAACAUGUGGCCAGAUUUCUACGGCGCCAUUUUACCAAUUCCUCUCUCUACAGGGCAUACCUGGAGCCGCUUUGCACAUGGGUUGAGGCAAACACAACUGCAGUCAACUUUCUGAUUGCAAAUGCAGAGAUUUUGUUGGGCUUUCUUAUGAUCUUAUCACUGUUCUCGAAACAACGCAAUGCUAUGCAAACAUUCAUGUACUGGCAGUUGUUGAAGCUAAUGUAUCAUUCUCCUUUCACUGCUGGCUACCACAGAGCUAUCUGGCUAAAGAUUGGCCGGACAGCUAACCCCUACAUCAGCAGUUACACCCCUUUUCUUCAUGACCCGAUAAACGCCGGCAUGAGAUGGUGGUUCAGGUAG